GGUGGACUGGGGCGCUUGUAAAGGGGGAGGGGCCGAAGGGGCUGACAACUGAGGAGACCCAUGGCUAAGAGGCGGUAGCAGGGGCUGAAGAAAUGACAUCAGAUGUACCAACGCUGGGUCCUACCAUUGCUUCUGGAAACCCAGGGCCUGGCAUUCAAGGGGGAGGAGCCAUUGUCCAGAGGGCUAUUAAGCGGAGACCAGGGCUGGAUUUUGAUGAUGAUGGAGAAGGAAACAGUAAAUUUUUGAGGUGUGAUGAUGAUCAGAUGUGCAAUGACAAGGAGCGUUUUGCCAGGUCGGAUGAUGAGCAGAGCUCUGCGGAUAAAGAGAGACUUGCCAGGGAAAAUCACAGUGAAAUUGAACGGCGGAGACGGAACAAGAUGACAGCUUACAUCACAGAACUGUCAGAUAUGGUACCCACCUGUAGUGCCCUGGCUCGAAAACCAGACAAGCUAACCAUCUUACGCAUGGCAGUUUCUCAUAUGAAGUCCUUGAGGGGAACUGGCAAUACAUCCACUGACGGAUCCUACAAGCCAUCUUUCCUCACUGACCAGGAACUGAAACAUUUGAUCUUGGAGGCAGCAGAUGGCUUUCUGUUUAUUGUCUCCUGUGAGACAGGCCGGGUGGUAUAUGUCUCUGAUUCAGUGACUCCUGUUUUGAACCAGCCACAGUCUGAAUGGUUUGGCAGCACACUCUAUGAUCAGGUGCACCCAGAUGAUGUGGAUAAACUUCGUGAGCAGCUUUCCACUUCAGAAAAUGCCCUGACAGGGCGUAUCCUGGAUCUAAAGACUGGAACAGUGAAAAAGGAAGGUCAACAGUCUUCCAUGAGGAUGUGUAUGGGCUCAAGGAGAUCAUUUAUUUGCCGAAUGAGGUGUGGCAGUAGCUCUGCGGACCCAGUCUCCAUGAAUAGACUGAGCUUUGUGAGGAACAGAUGCAGGAAUGGACUUGGCUCUGUGAAGGAUGGAGAACCUCACUUUGUGGUGGUCCACUGCACAGGUUACAUCAAGGCCUGGCCGCCAGCAGGUGUUUCCCUCCCAGAUGAUGACCCAGAGGCUGGCCAGGGGAGCAAGUUUUGCCUAGUGGCCAUUGGCAGAUUGCAGGUAACUAGUUCUCCCAACUGUACAGACAUGAGUAAUGUUUGUCAACCAACAGAGUUCAUUUCUCGACACAACAUUGAAGGGAUAUUCACUUUUGUGGAUCACCGUUGUGUGGCUACUGUUGGCUACCAGCCACAGGAACUCUUAGGAAAGAAUAUUGUAGAAUUCUGUCAUCCUGAAGACCAGCAGCUUCUAAGAGACAGCUUCCAACAGGUUGUGAAAUUAAAAGGCCAGGUGCUGUCUGUCAUGUUCCGGUUUCGGUCUAAGAACCGAGAAUGGCUGUGGAUGAGAACCAGCUCCUUUACUUUCCAGAAUCCUUACUCAGAUGAAAUUGAGUAUAUCAUCUGUACCAACACCAAUGUGAAGAAUUCUAGCCAGGAACCACGGCCUACACUGUCCAGCACAAUCCAAAGACCACAGCUAGGUCCCACAGCUAAUUUACCCCUAGAGAUGGGCUCAGGACAAUUGGCACCCAGGCAGCAACAACAGCAACCAGAAUUGGACUUAGUACCAGGAAGAGAUGGACUGGCCAGCUAUAAUCAUUCCCAGGUUUCUGUUCAGUCUGUGACAACUACAGGGCCAGAACAUAGCAAGCCCCUUGAGAAAUCAGAUGGCCUAUUUACCCAGGAUAGAGAUCCAAGAUUUUCAGAAAUCUAUUCCAACAUCAACGCAGAUCAGAGUAAAGGCAUCUCCUCCAGCACUGUCCCUGCCACCCAACAGAUAUUCUCCCAGGGCAACUCAUUCCCUCCUACCCCCCGGCCGGCAGAGAAUUUCAGGAAUAGUGGUCUGGCCCCUCCUGUAACCAUUGUCCAGCCAUCAUCAUCUGCAGGGCAAAUAUUGGCCCAGAUUUCCCGCCAUUCCAACCCUACCCAGGGAACAGCCCCAACUUGGACCCCUAGCACACGUCCAGGCUUCUCUGCCCAGCACGUGGCUACCCAGGCUACAGCCAAGACUCGUUCUUCUCAAUUUGGGGUGGGCAACUUUCAGACUCCUUCCUCGUUCAAUCCCAUGUCUCUCCCGGGUGCUCCCUCUGCGUCAUCUGGUGCUGCAUAUCCUACUCUCACUAGUCGUGGUUCCAACUUUGCUCCUGAGACUGGACAGACUGCAGGACAAUUCCAGACACGGACAGCAGAGGGUGUGGGUGUUUGGCCACAGUGGCAAGGCCAGCAGUCUCAUCAUCGCUCAAGUUCUAGUGAGCAGCAUGUUCAACAGUCGUCAGCACAGCAACCUAGCCAGCCUGAGGUCUUCCAGGAGAUGCUGUCGAUGCUGGGAGAUCAGAGCAACAGCUACAACAGUGAAGAAUUUCCUGACCUAACUAUGUUUCCCUCCUUUUCAGAAUAGAACUGCUGGGGUGAGGAUGAGGGGUAGGGGAGAAAAAUCACUGUUUGUUUUGUAAAAACAAAUCUUUUGUAAACAGAAUAAAAGUUCCUCUCCCUUCCCUUCCCUCACCCCUGACAUGUAUCCCCUAUCCCUUCUGGACCUACCUUACUUUUCCUUGAGUCUCUGAGGUAACAUUUAUAGAAGAAAUUAAAUGAAUCCUCCAGGCUUUUAGGAGCCUUUGAAAAUUUGAGGCUAGGCCUUUCCUAUUAUCUCCUGACCAGAAGUUGCACAACAAUGAUUUGUGCUAGGGUCAAGGGGCAGGACAGAAAAAACCUGACAUCCACUAUUUGCCUUGGAUACUGUGGCUUGUUUUAAAAAAAAAUUCUGAAUAGAGUGAUGCAGAGGAGAAAUGUCCUCAUAUUUGAGGAACAUGAAACAUGAUAGGUAUAUAUGGAGCUUUAGGAAGUGAUCAUAGACUCUUUUGCUACCUGUAAGCAAUUUCUCUGGAAAGAAACAUGUAAGAGAAGGUGAGUAUGUGUGUGUAUUUGUGCGUGUGUGUGUGUAUGUGUGUGUGUUGUGUGUGUGUGUCUACGUGUUCCUGUAUUUCUCCCUAUUAGGGAAUUUAUGCAAAAUUUGUCCAAUAUUUUUAUCUUUGUCUUUCUGUGUGCUCAUCAAAGAGUUAGAAGUUAAAUCUUCUAGGUAUUUUCCAUUUAGUAUUGCAGCCAAAGAGUAUUUAAAUAGGUCUUUGCUGCACUUACAUUUAUGCCCAGCCAACGUGCAACUAUAGGCAAAUAUAUAGUCUUUUGUUGAUAGGGUUGGUCUCUUACCGAACAUACUCAGUGUUCAAGAUGAAUUUCUCCUGCUUUUGGUGCUCUUGCCUUAUCUGGAAGAUCUGCAAACAUUACCCAAAUAGGCUGGCUAAACACUUUCACAAGUCCCAGACUUGGCCAUAAGAAUAAUGCUGCAUUUUUCUGUCAGAAUUACACAUGAUGUGUGUUCUGGAGAGGUUAUUUCUGCAUGGAAACUCAACUUCUUGGAUUAGCAGUCUCAGUGAAAAUACUCACUGUUGAGGUAUAAGCCAAAUACAAAACCCUCUUGCAAAGUAGCCUCCUUAAUCCCAUCCUUAAAAUAUCCCAUCUAGAAAGAAACACAUUUAGGUCUUCUCUGGGCCUGUAGUUCUUUCCUCCCUCUCCAGUCCUGAGAUUGGGUUUUAUUUGGAGCACAAAUACAAUUCCAUGUGUUAGGUAGGACCUGGAUUCCUAUCCCAACAGGGCCUUUUGCUAAUUAUAGCCAUAUAAAUAUGGAUUCAGGUCCCUACUCUCACCCUUUACCUUCCUCAGGUAGGUCUUGUACAUCAGCCUUUAAAAAAAAAAAAGUUCCAGUAUCUAAAUGAAAAACUGAAUUAAUAAGGAAAAGACAUAUAAAGUAUAUUCAUAGGAGACUGAGGAGCACAGAUGGCCUUGGAGAGGGUGAGGGAAUGUUAUUUACUGGGUUUCCCUCCCUUUUGUCUCCAACCUGGUGCCAGGUAGUGGAGUGGAAAAGGAGACAGUUUAUUUUUUUAUUCUAUGUGCACACAUACAGUAUACAUAUA